AUGCAAGAAGUGUGUAGUUCCAUCGAUCACAUGGGAGCACAAAUAAAAUCAGAAUCUCCGGCGAUAGGAUCGCUACAGGGUAGUGCUUCGGUGGUCGGUGAACCGGAUAUCACUAGUCCUCAGCAAGCCCACGUGGCGCAGCAGCAACAGCAAACGAUCAUCACCGGUGGUCAACUAGUUGCUAGCCGGAAACAAGUGAUCUGUGAUAAGCCUGCUCGAACAUCUGUCUCACUUCCCGUUGGCACCCCCAUAGAGCUACAAAAUCAGCCACAACAACAACAACAACAACAACAGCCACACGCUGCAGAUACGUCAUUUUGGAUGCAAAACGAAAGCGGCUUUAUCAACUCGCAACCAUCGAUGGCCGAGUUUCUGACACAUAUCGAUAGCGAAAGCCCGAAGCUUAUCACCCAAGGCUACCCAAUGGCCCCAAGCGAUAGCAUGGAGUCCGUACCGGAGUAUCCUUGGAUGAAGGAGAAAAAAACAGCGAGAAAAGCUACCGCCCAGGCCGAGUUUGUCGCGGAAAAUGGGCUCCCACGAAGAUUGCGUACGGCUUAUACCAACACUCAGUUGCUGGAACUGGAGAAAGAGUUCCAUUUUAACAAGUAUCUCUGCCGUCCACGUAGAAUCGAAAUUGCUGCCAGCCUGGACCUAACCGAACGGCAGGUGAAAGUGUGGUUUCAAAACCGGCGCAUGAAGCAUAAGCGACAGACACUCUCUAAGACGGACGAUGAUGAAUCGGGAAAAGAUGACUUGAAAGAUUCCAAUUCCAAAAAAUCCUGCCAAGGAUGUGAGCUGCCUUCUGAUGACAUUCCGGACUCAACAUCUAGCUCGCGAGGUCUGAACAACAGCACCCCUAAUACGGCGAUGACACCGAACUCGACCGUAGAACUGGGUACACCGACAGGUGGCGGUGGUAGCGGUAAUGCCGUCAGUGCUGAUUCAAGUGUAGCUUCAACCGGCAGCCUGGACGACGACGAGGAAAUUCAUGCUAAAGUCAAGAAAAAACCGGAGAUGAUCAAGAAGGAGUCGGUCAGUUCAUCCAAAAUCAUUAAUAGUAACCAAUUCAAAGCCUUCGAAGGUGUGGGCUAUCAUUCUAAAAAGGAUAAUGGGCCAAACACAUCUACGCCCGUGCCCAUACCCGUUCCACACAGUCCUGUCUCAACAUCAGCCAUCUCGCCAAUUAGCAACAAUAUUAAUAACAAUAAUACCACCAGUAGCAACAACAACUUGCAGUCGUACUACAAUCAGCCAGGCCCUUACAGUGUCAUCAAGCAUAAGCAACCACAUGCACUGCCUGGUCAUGAAGCGGGAUCACCAACCACGGCACCCAGUGCUCCGAUGCCAGGAGGACCGUCGGCCAGUGGAAUGUACUACACGGGAAAUAAUAAACACGAGUACUUUGGAAAAGGCGAUCCCAACAUGCACUAUCAGCAGUAUCCACACCACCAGAAGGCUGGUUUACCGCCAGCGACUGGAGCUGGCUCGCAAAACCCGCUAAACGCUGUGUAUCCAGGUACUCAUGCCUCUAAUAAAGCUGAAUUUGGACCAGCUCUCGCGAACAUUAAAAACUUUGGCAGCAAAGUGCUUCUACAAGACCCAACAUCCAAACUCCAACCGCAGCAGCCACAACAACUUCAACAGCACCAGCAGCCAAUGCUACAUGAGACCGCUUUUCAUCAUCAGAAUCAACUUUACUACAACAAUUGUGACCCUAGUGUCAACAGUACGCCGCAGUACGCUGGAGGUGGUCAGUACUAUUCGAAUGACUACGAUGGACAGCAUGAAUUCGGUGGAGGCUAUUAUGAUCCAGUGAAAACGACCGCCGUACCACAGGGUCACUAUUACGAUGGAAUGGGGUCUUAUCAUCAAGGAGCUAUGCCUAAUACUGGAUCUGGCAACAUGGAUUACCAAGGAAACACUGCUACGUACAUGGGUAUGGGAGUCGGGACAAGCGGAUCAAUAGGAAACGAGACUUGCGAAAGCUUUCCUUAUCAUCAAGCAACGUCCGGAGGAUCGGUGGCUUACUACGACCAUCAUCAACAGCCUCCAAUUCAUCCGCAACAUCAGCAACAUCAUCAGCAGCUACAUGUAUUCCAUCAACAGCACCAGCAGCACCAACAACAACAACAACAUGGUCCUACUAACAACAGCAUGGUCGUCAGCAAUGGACUUAACGGUGGGGUGGCACAUGCGAUUGAUGUAUCAUUAAACCAAGUGCCAAACCCACACCAUCCACAGCCACCACCCAGUGCUCCAAACAGUUCUGCCGCUAUGGUUAGCUUGGAUAAUUCCAACUCUUCAUCGGAUUUCAAUUUUCUUAGCAACUUGGCCAAUGAUUUCGCCCCCGAAUAUUAUCAGCUGAGUUAAUUUAAAUCACGCCAGAUCGUUAGCCUAGCUAAAAGCGAGCUUCAAUUUCUCUUCGCGUUCAAUUUUACCCACGUACUGACGACGACUACGACUCCCAUUACCCGUGUUGUAAUUAUCCUCUUUCGCACUUUCAAACAGCAUACAGAAACCAAAAACUUUUCUAAGCUCAACCAAUCUUACCUAUCAUGGCCAUUGCAAUCUAGCAAAGUUGUUCGUUAGCAUUAUUCUUUUGACUUUUGAGGACUACGAAGCGGUCGGUAAACUGCUCGAGAUGAUCGGGAACUUGUCGCAAAACACUGUGUACAUACGACAGAGCAAAACAGUUUUGAUCAAAUCUUCUUUAAAGCAUCUCAAAUGCACUCAGUAAAUGUUGCAUUCAUUAGCAACAAUAACCCAAACCGAUACAAGUGCACACAUUGAAUAGCUUAGUAUGUAUAAUUUAUAUGAUCACGUUAGCUAAAAUGAUAAAUAAUGUGGCGAUAAGCACACCAUACAAUCGAUAGGACAAAA